AUGUCGCAACCAACCGGACCCAUGAUCAUCAACCUCCCGCAGCCGCCCUCCAAUCCAGACACCCCUAAUGAGAUGCCUGGAACCCCCACCAGUACAACCACUUCAUUGUCCGCCCUCUCGACCACCGCCAUCAAAGACGGCCACCGCGGCCAUGCCCAUGCCUUCCCCGGCUUCGGUACCCAGCGCGGCCAUUCGCAUAACCCUUCGACCAACAGCCUCGAGGCCGAGCGCGCCGACCGAAUCUCCCGUCUCGCAGGUCUUGAGAGGGUAUCAACCCUGCGCGCCGGCCAGCAACAGCAGGGUCAGUCUGGCAUCUCCCCUCAGACGACGCCUACAUCCACUGGCUUCCCCUCCGGUUCCAUCUCACAACAGCAGAUCGGCGCCCUGCCUUCUGGCCCUUCCUACUUUGACAGCAAUGGCCAGCCUGUAGCCGCGACCAAGAUGAGCACGGUUGGAACUGCCUCUGCGACGGGAAGUGUUGGCGCGCGCACGACGACUGACACUGGAGACGCUACUGAAGUCGACGAGGAUGUCAUGAGCAUGGAUACCAACUACCGCACAAUGGAUGUGGACUCUAGUUCAGGUGCCGAUGUCAUGGAUGACGACUUGGGCGCCCGCUCUGUUGGCGGCUACGAGGACCGAAUGAGUGAUGACGGGACUGCCAGUUUGGUAGGUUUCGGCGAAGGCGCCAACAGCACUGUAAGCGGUCCAAUCUACCAGCGCCGUCCGCUGCCUGGUACCACGGGUGCUACCGGAGCCUGGGGUCUGGAGCGUAGCAGUUCAGGGCUUAGCGAGGCGGCCAUGCUGCGCUCUCAACAGCUCAGGGAUGCUGGCGAUACCCCUGUCAGCGCCAUUGCCCAAGCUGAGCGCAGAGAUGCCCGGAUGAUGAAUGGUAUCGCCGUGGAUGGAGGUGGUCAUACUGGCACUACAGGUGACGAUACGUAUGUAGACACCACCGCCACGGGUCCCGUACCUGCCACUCAGCUAGGUCAAGGCAUGCCUGGAUCUGUAUCCCGGGAAGCUGAGCGCAUUGUUCAUGAAAGUUUGGAUGCUGGCGAGGGACACGUUGGAGUCGCGUCACCAGCUCUGAGCAGUACCAAGGGUGGUGAGCGGCUGGGUCAGUUUUACUUUGAGGAGAAGAAAUGA